AGUUUUAUUUAAUGCUUUCAACUCUAUAAAAAGAGCCCAAAAAGAGUAACAUUUUCAUAUAAGUGAUCGUUUUUAUUUACAUACAUUUUGAGAAAAUGAAAAUCAAAGGUGGUUAUAUGUUGUUGGCUUUUUUGUGUGCAUAUGUUCUUGUUGUUUCUUCUGUAAUUGCUAAAAGUUCUGAAGAUGAUGAGAGAAAAGGGAAAUUAGUUGGGAAGACACAAGGAGGUGGUGGAGGUGGAGGUGGAGGUAAGGAUGGUUGGGGUGGGUAUGGAAAUGGAGGAAAAGGUGGCGGAUGCGGUGGUGGUGGUUUUGGAGGAUGGGGUGGUUAUGGAUGUGUAGGUAAGGGAGGAUGGAGUGGUGGAGGUGGUGGCCCUGGAGGUGGCGGUCAUGGAGGAUCAAGUGGCGGUCAUGGAGGAUCAAGUGGCGGUCAUGGAGGAGGUGGCGGUCAAGGAGGAGGUGGCAAGGGAGGAUGGAGCGGAGGAGGUGGUGGUCAAGGAGGAGGUGGUAAGGGAGGAUGGAAUGGUGGAGGUCAAGGCGGAGGUGACAAGGGAGGAUGGAGCGGAGGAGGUGGUAAGGGAGGAUGGAGUGGUGGAGGUCAAGGAGGAGGUGGUAAGGGAGGGUGGAGUGGUGGAGGUGGUGGUCAAGGAGGAGGUGGCAAGGGAGGAUGGAGCGGUGGAGGUGGAGGUGGUGGUGGUCAUGGAGGAUGGGGCGGCGGCAGUGGUGGUGGCGGAGGAAAGGGUGGCUCCGGAGGUGCUGAAAUUGGAAAAGCUAACUAAUACAACACAUAUACAUCCAAGAAUAAGGCCAUGGGCCCACUUCCAUAUACACACCAUAUCCAAAUGGUUUCUACUUUCUACAAUGUAAUCGUUUCUUUGUAUACUCUGUAAUAAUAAAUUCUAUUUAUUCCAAUAAAUUCCAACAUUGUUGUUGAA